ACACACUCUCACAUAACACGGAAGGUGAGAGCUGAAUGAAGUUUGCUGGGUAAUGGCUUGAAAUGUUUUCCUUAUGAGAAGUGGUGUUGAGUUACAGCGUGCAGACCGAGAACGGGGAGGAGAGAAGAAGCAUCAGCCCCAACCAGCCCCCCCUUUUCUUGGGCUUGUAGGAAGGUGGACAAGGGUUCACCGAGAAAACACAAGUGAUAGGUUGAACUAUCUGGUGGCUGGAAUCGCCUGCUCUUGGAAUGACCUAAGGGCAGUGUUUACCAGAGUUCAGCCAGGACCAGCUGAGCAGGCACCGAUGCUCUACUGUGAAAUGCCACGCAGGCAGAGACUGACAAGCAGUAGGAGCUGAGCUUUUCCCUCCGACUGCUGUUUCCUGCUGUGUUCAGGGGAAGGGGUGCUCUCUGGCAACUCUGCAGCUGCUACUUCUACUACUUCGGCUUCCUCUCCACUCAAGGUAAGCAGGCUCCAAGGGAGGGCAGGCUGCAAGGGAAGACUUUGCAUCAUGAACAAGAUCCGAAAGUUUUUCCGAGGAAGUGGGCGAGUCUUGGCAUUUAUAUUUGUAGCUUCUGUCAUCUGGCUGCUCUUUGACAUGGCAGCUCUCCGCCUCUCAUUCAGUGAGAUCAACACUCGGGUCCUCAAGGAAGACAUUGUGAGGAGGGAGCAGAUAGGAUUCAGGGCUCAGCCCGACCAAACGAAGAUCCUUUACAGCAGCAAUAAAGAAGUAAAGCCUCCACUGAGAGGACAUGGGAAGGGGGCGUGGGACAAAGAGCACUUCAGACAGACAGAGGAGAGAGUGCUCAAGGGUGAGAAGGACUUGCACCAAACCCAGCCAGAAAGGAAAAUGCAAAAUGCCCUGGGAGGGGAGGACAAAGUUUUGCCUUUGUGGCAUCCUGCCCAACUGCAGACCCACCCAGUGACUCCUACCAAUCAGAAGACAGAAGGGAGAGGCACCAGACCUGAAGCCUCCUCCCGCCAGGUGGCAACAAAGGAAACCGCAGCUCGGGGGGCUCAGAAAACCCCAUUCAGAGAAGGCAGAGGAGCUCCAUUGAACAAAACAUCAGUACACACAGGACCUGUUGAUAUAAAACAGGAGGACCUAAAGAGUCCCAGUCCCAGCAGUGACACAUCAAAACAAGCAGCUGAAAGGGACCUGAAUGGGACCAUUGGCCUUAGAACUGACCCGUCAAAGCAGCAAUCACAGGCCGUGGCAAAUGAGAGGGCACACCCUGUCAGCCCACCCGUGCCAAAAUUCAGUGAAGCCAUAACCUUAAGGAAAACUGAGACUCAGAGUAAGGAACUAAAGGCAAAUAAACACAAAGCCAAUAAGGGUCUUCCUUUUUCCAAGUUCCUUGCCAAUUCCAAUCUCCUAAAGAAACAAUCUAUUAAUGAGACACAGUUGGGCAUCUUGCCAAAGGAUGAUGGAACUGAAGUGGCUCGUGCAAAGAAACUCAAUUUCUCUGAAAGCCAUGUUGUGAUUAUAACCAAGGAGGAGGAGCUGAAGACAGAUACCAAACAAGUCCCCAACUCUAAAACCAAAAUUUUGUUUCCUAAAGUCCUGGGUGCAAUCCAAAGUAAACACAUUCCCAGGAGUAGAAGUCAGGCAUCUUUUCCUUUACUCGCCUCACAGAGAGCCACUGUGUCUCAGACCAACCAAGCCUUAGCUAAAGGGACAGCACCAGCAAAAACCAACUUCACUGCCCAGGCCCAGCCUGCGGGACACAAUCAAAGUCGAAUAGAAGCCCUUUCACCAGAGGACAGGGGGAUGCACCAAGUGUUGAGAAUUGAUGUGACACUUUCUCCAAGGGACCCCCAAGCCCCAGGUCAGUUCGGACUGCCUGUAGUUGUUCCCCAUGGAAAGGAGAAAGAGGCAAAAAGAAGAUGGAAAGAAGGAAACUUCAACGUCUACCUUAGUGAUUUGAUCCCAGUGGACAGAGCCAUUGAAGACACAAGACCAGCUGGGUGUGCAGAACAGCUCGUUCACAACAACCUCCCAACCACCAGUGUCAUCAUGUGCUUUGUGGAUGAGGUGUGGUCCACUCUCCUGAGAUCUGUGCAUAGUGUCCUCAACCGUUCUCCUCCACAUCUCAUCAAGGAAAUUCUCCUGGUGGAUGACUGCAGCACCAAAGACUACCUAAAAGAUAAUUUGGAUAAAUACAUGUCACAGUUUCCAAAGGUUCGGAUUCUUCGCCUCAAAGAGAGACAUGGCUUAAUAAGAGCCAGGUUGGCAGGGGCACAAAAUGCAACAGGCGAUGUGCUGACAUUCUUGGAUUCUCAUGUGGAAUGCAAUGUUGGGUGGUUGGAACCACUUCUGGAAAGGGUUUACUUAAGUAGAAAGAAAGUGGCCUGUCCAGUAAUUGAAGUCAUCAAUGACAAAGACAUGAGUUACAUGACAGUGGACAACUUUCAAAGAGGCAUCUUUUUGUGGCCCAUGAACUUUGGUUGGAAAACAAUUCCUCCAGAUGUCGUUGCAAAGAACAAAAUUAAAGAAACCGAUAUAAUAAGGUGUCCUGUCAUGGCAGGUGGAUUAUUUUCUAUUGACAAGAAUUAUUUUUUUGAACUUGGAACAUAUGACCCUGGCCUUGAUGUCUGGGGUGGGGAAAAUAUGGAGCUGUCAUUCAAGGUGUGGAUGUGCGGUGGUGAAAUUGAGAUCAUUCCCUGUUCUCGUGUGGGCCACAUCUUCAGAAACGACAACCCGUACUCCUUCCCCAAAGACCGGAUGAAGACCGUGGAGAGGAACUUGGUGCGAGUUGCCGAGGUCUGGCUGGAUGAGUACAAGGAGCUCUUCUACGGCCACGGCGACCACCUCAUAGAGCAAGGGCUGGACGUCGGCAACCUCACCCAGCAAAGGGAACUUCGGAAGAAACUGAAAUGCAAAAGUUUCAAGUGGUAUUUGGAGAACGUCUUUCCCGACUUGAAAGCUCCCCUUGUGAGAGCUGGUGGUGUGCUUAUUAAUGUGGCCUUGGGGAAAUGCAUUUCCAUUGAAAACACCACAGCCAUCCUGGCAGACUGUGAUGGGAGCAGUAAGCUUCAACAAUUUAAUUAUACCUGGUUAAGAUUUAUCAAGCACGGAGAAUUGUGCCUAGCCUCCAUUCCUGACAAAGGAGUCCUAAUCCUGAACCAUUGUGAUAGUAGAAGCCAAGGGCUGAAAUGGCUGCAUAAAUCAGCAUCAGCCUUACACCCAAAACUGGUGAAUCACAUUAUUUUUGAAAACUAUCAUCAGUUGUUAUGCUUAGAAGCAAAUUUUUCUCAGAAGACCCUGAAUGUAGCUGCUUGUGAUGCAAUGAAGCCACAUCAAAAGUGGAAAUUUGAAAAGUAUUUUGAAGACUGAAGAGGAAUCAAUACUUUUAUCUAAUAAUUCUGUUAGAUGCUGUGAAAAUAACAAUGGACUUGGUGACUGUAUUUCUCCAGGGUUGUUUAAAUUUUUAAUUUUAGUAGCAUUUGAAUGGAAGAGUUGAAAUUACAAGAGAUGACUCAGGGAAGCAGUCCAUCAUUGGACUGGAGUCCUUCUACAACACGAUGUGGCCUCUUAAAUUGCCACUUUCCCACCCUGUGUGGGCAUUGGUUCUGCAAGUUGCUCCAUCUGUGAUUACAGGGAACCAGGAAUGAAGACAGGCCACUUGAAGAAGCUCACAAUGAUACUCACAAUGAUUGUGUUUGAUAACAGCCAGUUCUUUUGACCCACAAGUAGGUAUAAUCAAUGAGAGCUUGGUCUUUGAUUUGCCAUUUUUAAAAUACAGCCAAAACUGCUUGGGUUUAUAUAGAAAGAAAGAUAAUACAUCUAUAACCCUGAGUACAUCUAUCCAGACUACAUGCUUGUUUUCCUGAUUGUUUGAAAUAGUAUUGACCAACGAUUAAAGACCCUCCUUGAUCUAGAUUACCAAAUAAUGCUUUUUCACAGUCUGAGGAGGUGUAAAACGUUUUGCAGAAGGAAGAGUCUUCAAAUACUUAUUCAGUGCUAGGUAUGGGCAUUGUUUUAGCUCAUUUUGUGCUUUUAAAGCUAUACUUUAAAAAAAUUGUCAUACAAGUAACUUCCUAGACUUACAUGAGUAUUAAAAAAAAAGGCAAAGAUGGAGAAGCAGAAUCACAACUCACCAUAAUAACCAAAACAUUUAAUCACAGAAUACCUUCUAAGUAUGGAACAAGUGGAGAGAGUUGAAGUUACCAAAGCAAAAGCAAAGUGAUGAAAAAUAUUGUUUCUUUGAUAUGGAAAUAACAAUAUACUUUAGAUUUAGCAACAUUCACAAUGAUGAAGUAUGCAAAAAAAAUGGACUCUAGCAGAUUUAGAAGAACAAAUAAAAUGGAGGAAAUGUAAUGAAAAGGAAAGAGAAAGAGGUAAACAACUCUUUGGGAGAGAGUCAAGGAAAAGUUUCCCUGGACUUGGCCAAAGGAGAAGGGAGAUCUUGUGCCACCAGCAAGAAUUAAACAGCAAAGCCCUCAGUGUGGACACAAUGACACAUGGACAAAUUUGGAGGAAAAUUCAAUAUUUCUUUGAUCCAAAUUGAGCCUCUAAUCUUAAGCAUACCAAUAUUUAGACAUGCCAAAGAGAUCUGAGAGUUUAGGAUAUUAUUUAUAAAUGCGUUAUUAAUGAUAAAUUGAUGCCCAAAAGACUAAUUACUUGUCUAAAAAUCCCAAGCAAGUUACUAAGAGAAUCAAGAUUAGAAUUCAGAUCUCCAGAUAGGGGUCAUUGUCCUGCCUCAGAUCAUUGAACUUAGACACAUGUGCCUGCAUGGUAUUAGAAAGACACAUAACCCUCUUUCCUGGAUCUUUUCCUGAAUCUCUGGAGGAAGCUCUAUUCUUGUAAUAUUAAAAUUUUUUUAACCUCUAUUAAGUUCAGGUGGUGGUAAAACUGUUCAUAUUUAGUUCUGACCUCCUAUUUCACAUUAAAUUUUAAUUCCAAACUAAUUAGUGAAAAGUAGAGCUAUAACUAAGGAUGGGAAAAAGAAACAUUUUUGCACAUUUGUGAUGUGCUUAAGAUACUUUAUUCAAAUAACUGAUUAUUGCAGCUGAGAUUGGAGAAUAGAUGAUGAGAUAAUUCUUUUCAAAAAUAGCCAUGUGAGAUAAAAAAAACACGUCAGUAACCAGUUGAAUUAUUGACCAAGAUGAAUACUUUGUGUACCUGUGUAAUUCUUCACACCACUAAAAAACAGGAUAUGCCUUUCCUCAGGUCUAGUGACUCUUGUUAUCCAAAAGCAGUUUUCAGGAAGAAAAAUCAACUCCUCUCAGAAAAUGAUAAUUCAUGUUUUGGGUACAUUUACCUUUGGGUAUACCAGCUGAGAAACUUGAAUGCUUUUCUCAAAAGACUAUAUAGUCUAUUCAAUGUGUGUUCUUCCUAACUUUGACAUACUCAUUAUAAAAAGCUAUGUUUAAAUCUAUGUUAUCUAUAUAAAAAAAGAUAGUUUUCAGACAUGAUAUAUUUGUUUUGGGUAAAAUUUUAAACUGUUGUUACCAUGCAAUUACUCAGUUACUCCAACAUGCAAGGAACCAGUCCCUAGUUGGGCAUCAGUAUGAGCCUAACCCUGAGGAUAUUCACUCAUUAUGAAACCUACUACCAAUAUAUUUUUUUCUGAACAUUACCCCGUAAAUUUUGUUUUCAGAAGACUGAGAUUAAGGUUAAAUGCUAGAAGUUCUCUGGUAUUUCUUUUUUUUAAGAUUUAUUUAUUUAUUUGAAAGUCAGAAUUACACACAGAGAGAAGAAGAGACACAGAGAGAGAGAGAGGUAUUCUUUUUUUUUUUUUCCCAAAUGGUUCACUCUGAUGCUGGCCGCAACACCCGGAGCUGCGCCAAUCUGAAGCCAGGAGCCAAGAAAUUCUUCAGGGUCUCCGAUGCGGGUAUAGGGGCCCAAGGACUUGGGCCAUCUUCCAUUGCUUUCCCGGCCAUAGCACAGAGCUGGAUUGGAAGUGGAGCAGUCUUGGUCUCAAAUCAGCGCCCAUAUGGGAUGGUGGCACUGCAGGCAGUGGCUUUACCUGCUUUGCCAUAGCACCUGCCCCGGGUCUCUGGUAUUUCUAAUGAUAAACUCUUGGAUGGGACAUAUUAGGGACCUAAUCAGCAUUGAUUUGUUCAGAAGAGGCUGUGCUAUUGGGCCUUCAGAGCUUUCCCUGGAUUGGCUUAGGUUACUUUUUUUUUUCUCAAAAAAAAUAUGUCUACAACUUGAACACAAGGGUAGCCUUGGUGAAUAUUUAACAGGAUUUGUUUGAUCCAAAAAUGAGUUUGCCAAACCCUCUAAGUGCUUCUGCAUCUUUCAGCAAAAUUCCUUUCUCUUUUUCAGGAGUUACCUAGGUCUUUCACCCUACUUUUCUGUAGGAUGUCACAGAUGCUGUUGGUAAAACCAUAUUUUGUCACCAGCAUCAAAUUUGCUCAAUUCUGCUUGCUGACAUUCAAUCAGCUGUCAUUCACAGGGCUGCAAGUCACCAUGUGCCACGAUCACAAUGUAUCAUUAGCUUUGCUGCACUAAUUUGGAAACAUUCUCUUAGAUAUUAAAACUCCUUACUUCUAGCAUUGCCUUAGGGAUGAUAGAAGGACAAAAGUACACAUAGCAGUUGGUGGGAAUUUAGUAUUCCCAGUCACUCUUGAUUUCAUGAAUGGCUUAUAAUGAUUGUCAGAGAUUCUUAUGCAAGAGAAUGGAGUUGAGGCACACCAGAUAGCACCAUCUUUAUUUGUUCUAACAUUUCUAAUUUAACUUUCACAUUCAGAACACAGGAAAGAAAUUAUACCUCAGAUGAGAGCCUGAACGUCUUAGAUUUUUAAAAAGGCAAUUCAAGGGGUGAAGAGAAAAGAAAGAGGAACUAAUUUUCAUUGCAUACUCACUGUGUGCUGGGCACUGCAUGUGCUCUGUCUCAUGAUGUGUCUAAUACAGUAAGGUGGCUCUCAUUCUCCUCAUUACACAGACAAGGAAGAUGACUCCCCAUAAACUGAUGAGGCAUUUGUUCUUUCCACUAUCAAGAUAUAAAAUGGAGUAUCCAUUCUGUCUGGCUUGAAAAAAUAAUUUGUUCCACUUUGUCAUGCAGCAUUAAUUCUUCUUUUACCUUUUUUUUUUAAUGGGACAGCUAAUAUAGAUGGGCUUAGUUACAAAAUCCCUUAGCUGCAGAGUAUUGAUGGCAUGAAUGAUGGAAUGAGGUGGAGUCAAAUCUCUGUGGUCUCUCUUGGGUGCUGAGUAGAGAGGAAACAGAAGCUGGGCUUCUCUCUUUGGUAAACAACUGACAUGUAGGUGCCUACUCUAACAUGAUUUUCUAUGAUCUAUCUCCUUAACUUCAUGUGGAACCUGUCCUUUUCCAUCUCUUAGACUGAACAUGAGACAGGGAAAUUAACAUGUAGAGAGUUUCUUCUCUGUGAAUAUUCCCCCAACUUUUAAGCAAAGUUGACAGAUCUCUCAAUUUGAACAGAGAUAGGACAUUAAAAAUUGGAGUCCUUCAAUUUAAAAUAUAUACCAUAUUUCUACUCAUUGCAUAGAUUGUCAUUUUUAAUCAACAUUGUCAGAGUUACUCAACAAUGGCUAAAAGCUAAAAUGCCUUGAAAAGAAACACUAACCAAUGCUAUUAUAAAAAAUAUUUAUUUUCUGACAGAGAACCAUUCCAUGGACAUAUUUGAAUAAGUGAUGUGAAGUAUUAUAUAUCCCUGAUGAGGUCUAGUGGAUGGUAUUUCUGGGGUGGAUGGUGCCUAUAUCUGAAAGAAUGAAGUAAAUACUGUAGAAUUUGGUGGAUUUCAUGUCUCUAUUUUCAACCUAAUGGGUCAACUAAUGGUUACUAUUCCAAUUAGGCUCCCUUUGCAAUUUUAUACAUUGCUUUGAAAAAACACAAACACUAAUGAAAAUUCUGGUUUUCCAUCACUUAAAGCAAAUUCUACUAUGCUGAUUUCCUCAUGGUGAUUUUUGCUGGUUGACAUCAAAUUAAAAAUUAAUUUAUUUGAAAUCAGAAGAUUUCUAUUUUAUUAUUGACAGAUACUGUCAGCUUAAGAAUAUUGAUGUAAGUAUCUCUGUAAAUCAAGCCUUUAUAUUAGAUGUUGAGAUUAAGAAUUUUGAUAUCAUGAAUAGUCCUUUAUCUUACCACUCAAAAAUAUUAAUUUUUAUAAAUAAAAGAUCCUUCAAAAAGAUUAUGCAAGACAAGUAUUAAGAAAAUUCUAUGCCUGGAUAUAAAAAUUUUGUACCAAAAUUAGCUUCUCUUUUCAUUCAAUGCUCCACAAACUUUUUGAAGCAAACUUCAGUAUCUGUGUGGUUAUACAUAUGUUAUGUGUGUGGGUGUCUCUACCUGAUUUUUUGAAUUGGGAAAAAAAUAAAACAAUGAAUUAUAACAUAAUGAAAAUGUAAAAAAAAUUGGAUGUGUUGAACUCUCUUUUAGGGGAAUAUAUAUAUAUAUAUAUAUGUAACUUUGUCCACAACUGACCUUCUGAACAAAAGUAUCUAAACUGGACUUUCAUUCUGGAUACUGUUUUCCAAACUUGAAAGAGUAAUCAAACCAAAUUAUCAGGGUACUUAUUACUCAGUUUAGCAUUAUGCAUAUGCCCUAAUUCCUCUUCUUCAAACAACUGUCCAAAAGAUGAUAGUAGCUAAAGGAAAUUGGUUUUAAAAUAAGAGAUUGCCAAAUUAGUGAAUUUUGUUAUUGUACCUGAAAACAAUUGUAGGUGAACAAGAUUGAAACUGUGGCAUAUAAAGGAUUUUGGAGUGAAAUUGGACUUUUUUUCCUAUUUAAAAUUUAUACAAAGGGAACAAAUUUAGUGUGUGUCAUAUAAAGUAUCUGUUUUUUGCCACUGACCAAUUGAAAUAUAAAGAACCAAGUAUAGAAUUUUAAAUUUCCAGGUAAAAGUCCAAAGUAGUUUCAGAAUCUAUUUGCAUUUCUCCUGAGCUGUUAGUUAGAUGCUAGAUGUCAUCAUUCAGUUUUGUGGUUUGCCAUGCAUAUAGAUGAUUUCUUCUGCCCAUUACUGUCCAUGCCAUGCUGUUUGUGUUGAAUGGCCCAAUCAUCUCAUUUUCUUCAUGAACUCUACAUACAUUGUCAUGUUCAUUUUUAUUGUGUUAUGUUACUGUCUGAUAUUUUAAUAUUGGUAAUUAUAACUUUUGGCAUUUUUAUAGUACUCUUGUUUUUAUGGUGCAGUGAAUGUUUGUAUUUUAAGGAAUGUGGUUGCCUUCCUCAAAUGGUCAAACAUAUUUCUUCUUUAUGAUACUCCUGUGUUUCAUCCUUUUCCAUAAUUCUCUAUUAUUACUUACAUGUUAAAUGUUUUCUCUAUUGUUUUGAAAAACGUAAACAUCCAUUCUCCAUUUGAAAAUGUGCCAAAAGUACUACCCCAUGUAAAUAUGCAGAAAAAAUUACUAUGAAAAUGUCCACAUAGUUGCAAUGAAUUAUCUUGAUGACUACAAAGAUAAUUAUAUGUUUUUUCAAGUUGUUGGCAUUAAUAUGCACCUAAAACAAUGUGUUUCUUUAAAAAUUAUAGAAAUUUUCCAUCUAUGCUACAUAUUUUCCACUAGAAAUUCUGUAUCUAAUUUCAUAUACAAUCAUUUUAAGAUCUUUUUGAAAUAAAUAACA